AUGGACUCGGUCCUGGACCCUUUCCCGGCCGACCGACUGUUCCCGGGAUCCAGUUUCCUGGACUUGGGCGAUCUUAACGAGUCGGAUUUCCUCAACAAUGCGCACUUCCCGGAGCACCUGGACCACUUUGCCGAGAACAUGGGGGACUUCUCCAAUGACCUGUUCAGCAGCUUCUUUGAUGACCCCGUGCUGGAUGAGAAGAACCCUCUCCUGGACAUGGAGCUGGACGCGCCCACGCCGGGCAUCCAGGCGGAGCACAGUUACUCCCUGAGCGGUGACUCGGCGCCUCACAGUCCCCUGGUGCCCAUCAAGAUGGAGGACGCCACCCAAGACAUGGAGCAUGGCGCGUGGGUGCUGGGCCACAAGCUGGGCUCCGUCAUGGUGAAGCAGGAGCGAAGUCCGGAGCCCUCCAUGGACCCUCUGGCCGCCUCUUCAGCAAUGGCCGCCGCCGCCGCCAUGGCCACCACCCCGCUGCUGGGCCUCAGCCCCCUGUCCAGGCUGCCUGUCCCUCACCAGGCCCCAGGGGAGAUGACACAGCUGCCAGUGAUCAAAGCUGAGCCCCAGGAGGUGAACCAGUUCCUCAAAGUGACACCAGAGGACCUGGUACAGAUGCCUCCGACACCCCCGAGCAGCCACAGCAGCGACAGCGACAGCUCCCAGAGCCCCCGCUCUCUGCCCCCGUCCAGCCCCGUCCAGCCCAUGGCCCGCUCCUCCAUGGCCAUCUCCACCUCGCCACUCCUCACUGCCCCCCAUAAAUUACAGGGGACGUCAGGGCCACUGCUUCUGACAGAGGAGGAGAAGCGCACCCUGAUCGCAGAGGGGUACCCCAUCCCCACAAAGCUGCCCCUCACCAAGGCCGAGGAGAAGGCCCUGAAGAGAGUCCGGAGGAAAAUCAAGAACAAGAUCUCUGCCCAGGAGAGCCGCCGCAAGAAGAAGGAGUACGUCGAGUGUCUCGAAAAGAAGGUGGAGACGUUUACGUCUGAGAACAACGAAUUGUGGAAGAAGGUGGAGACCCUGGAGACUGCCAACAGGACCCUGCUCCAGCAGCUGCAGAAGCUCCAGACGCUGGUGACCAACAAGAUCUCCAGGCCUUACAAGAUGGCCGCCACACAAACGGGGACCUGCCUCAUGGUGGCAGCCUUGUGCUUCGUCCUGGUUCUGGGCUCCCUCGUGCCGUGCCUUCCUGAGUUCUCCUCCAGCACCCAGCCUAUGAAGGAAGAUCCCAUCGCCGCUGACAGCGUCUACACGGCCAGUCAGAUGCCCUCCCGCAGCCUCCUGUUCUAUGACGAGGGAGCAGGCUCGUGGGAGGACGGCCACCGUGCCCUGCUGCCCGUGGAGCCUCCGGAUGGCUGGGAAAUCAAGCCCGAGGGGCCGGCUGAGCAACGACCUCAGGACCACCUGCAGCACGACCUUCUGGACAGCACCCAUGAGACCACCAAGUACCUGAGUGAGGCCUGGCCGGAGGACGCUGGGGGCAACAGCACCAGCCCCGACUUCUCCCAUCCCAAGGAGUGGUUCCGUGAGAGGGACCUGGGCCCCAACACCACCGUCAAACUCUCCUAACCCGUGCCACGACCCACGACUCAGCACAGACCUCCUGGCACCCGGAAGAGGCCCUGUCUUACUCACCAACCCGGAUCCGGCUCGCACCCCUGCCCCCUGGGGUUCCCAUCCCAGGAGGAGGGGAUCUCCAUCCCUGUCACUCAACAUUCGGACUAUACCCAUGGACCAACCACUCCUUCCUCACCUCUCCCUCCACAAUCAUCCGUCCACAGCCAGCCACUCCCCGGGCCCCUGCCCUGCCCCACCAAUGACUAACACCACCACUGCCUACCCGCCCCAGACACACACACAGACAUGCAGACAAGCCACACAACCUAACACACACACACACACACACACAGCCCUCCCCCCACUUCCCACUGUACAGAGACCAAGAACAGAAAUUGUUUGUAAAUAAUGAACCUUAUUUUUUAUUAUUGUCAACCCCUAAGAUAUUGUAUUUUACAAAUCUCCCUCCUUCCCCGCCCCCUCCCUUGUUUUAUAUUUUAUGAAGUUAGUGCGGGCUUUGCUGAUCCCUGGCCCAGGAAAGAGGUUCCCCCCCUCCCCUGGCCUCCCCCCGCUGCUGCCCAGGCCGCUGGGCCUUGUUACUUGCCAACCUGCUCCAUCCAUCCGCUCAGCACAUGCUUCCAGAAGGCAAAAUAAAAAAAAAAAAGAUGCAGCAUCAA